AUGCGGCUGAACAAAGUGGCCGACGUGCGGAUGGAGCGCCACGCAAUGCUGCGUUUGAACGAGCCGGGCCAUCCAAAUGUGGUUCGUUUGGUGGACACUUUCAAAGACGAGUUCCGCGUUUGUUUUCUUUACCAACUUGCAGAAGGGGGAGAACUGUGGGAUCACGUCAAGUUCGCGGGCAUCCUGGACAAGCAGUGGGCCUUGGCCAUCAUAGCGCAGCUUGUCUCAGCGCUGGAGUACAUACACUCCAAAAACAUAGUGCACAGAGAUUUGAAGGCUGAAAAUAUUGUCUUGAGCCGCGAGGGUCUUAUUAAAAUAAUCGACUUCGGCAGUGCCAUGGACUUAGACCACCCCGAGGUGGAGGCGCCGGGGCUGGGGGCCCGCACGCCCGCGGUGGCAGGGAGUCUUGGGGGUGGCCUCAGAGCCAUCCGCCGGCCCACUUUUCAACACUUUGUCGGCACUCCCCAAUUCAUGGCGCCGGAGGCAAUUAAAAACAAAGACAGCGGAAAGCUGAGAGAUCUUUGGAGUCUCGGGUGCACAAUUUAUCAGAUUCUGACGGGCACUCCUCCCUUUGGCGGCUCUACGGACUAUUUCAUCUUGUUGCGCGUAGAAUCUGGGGCUUUAGAGUUUCCGCCAGACUUUGACCCGCUGGCUCGCGACUUGGUGGAGCGGCUGCUGGUGGCGGAGCCGUCUCAGCGUCUGGGCGCAAAGGGCUUUGAAGAAAUAAAACAACAUCCUUAUUUUGGAUCUUGUUUUGAUUUGAAUUCGAAUUGCAACGCUUCCACGCGCUGCUCGAAAGCGAAAUGGACAAAACUCGACAAGAAAAAUACAAAAGUGAUUUACAUAAAAGAAGAAAAAGAAAAACAACAAAGCGAGCCAACAACACAAGACACAAGCAGCAGCGCCGCCGCAGAAGCCGAGAGCAAAAGAGAAGAAGAAGCCGAGACGCAGAAACGCACAGACUCGCCCGAAGAAAAAGAAAAACAACAAAGCGAGCCAACAACACAAGACACAAGCAGCAGCGCCGCCGCAGAAGCCGAGAGCAAAAGAGAAGAAGAAGCCGAGACGCAGAAACGCACAGACUCGCCCUCAGCCAGCAGCAGCAGCAGCAGCAGCAGCAGCACGAACGGCAGCAGCAGCAGCAGCACGAACGGCAGCAGCAUCCGCAGCAGCAGCAGCAGCAGCAGCAGCAGCAGCGGCGGCGUGCUGGGGGAAGGCCUGCUGGACUUGUUGGUGCCAGUGUGUGUGCGCGAGGGGGCCCGCAAAGGCCCGCACAGCCACUUGCGGCUGUUAGUCGAGCGGCUGCAGUACUGCCUCGAGAGCCAGCGGCAGCAAUUUGCCAGCGAGUGCAAACUCGCUGAAGACUGGGCCAAACGCCACGCCCAGGGGCCCCCCGCGAGCGCCGCUGAGACGGAGUCCGAGGCGGAGGGGGGGGGGGCAGAGGCAGCCGCGGCUGCGGGGAAAAGAACGGCCGAGCAGUGA